AUGGACCUCAUUUAUAUUUACAGAUUUUUUGCGAUCUGUGGCCUACAGACAAUUUGUACGUAUAGUUUGGGCAUAUGUUGGCAUGUCAAACAGAUUUCCUCUUCCUUGCUGUGUGUACAGUGUAAUGAGAUCUGCCUUUCCCAUAGCUGAAGAUGAGUAUCAUAGUUGUGGGGAAGAAGAUGAGGAUGAAUUAUAA